AUGAGUACCUCGCACGAGAAGGGCAGUUUUGGAUCCAAAGAAGAUGUCCGCAGCGUGGGCGAACAAGAAAUCCGGCAUCGUACGGUGACGGAACAUGGUGCUCAGCUCCUUGAAGACACCAAGGGCGAUGAGACGCUGCAUCGCGGGCUUAAAGCUCGUCAAAUCUCAAUGAUUGCUCUCGGCGGUGCAGUGGGCACAGGUCUGAUCAUUGGCUCGGGAACGGCGCUCGUCCGUGGUGGGCCACUUGGGAUUUUUCUUGGGUAUUCCUUCGUUGGAAUGGUGUGCUACAUGGUCAUGGUGGCCCUUGGAGAGAUGGCUGCAUACCUACCCAUCAAGUCCGGAUUCUCGGGAUAUGCUACUCGUUUCGUGGAUCCUGCGUUUGGGUUCGCCAUUGGCUGGAACUACUUGAUCGUGCGUAGAUAUUUGAUCGUCACGCCAAACAACAUCAAUGCCGCGGGGAUCGUCAUACAGUACUGGACACGGAAAGUUCCCCUAGAGGUUUGGAUGGUCGCUGGCGUCAACUUGCUUGGUGUUCGCGUGUUUGGAGAGAUCGAGUUUUGGUUCAGUUCUAUCAAGGUCGUCUCCCUGAUCGGCCUCCUCCUUAUGGGUCUCAUCAUCGACCUCGGAGGUAAUCCAGAACAUGAUCGAAUUGGAUUCAGAUAUUGGCAACACCCCUACGGCCCCAUGGGCACAUACCUCCAAAGCCAGGUCCACGACGGUCACCUUUCAAUCUUCCUCGGUUUUUGGAGCACGCUCAUCAAUGCUCUUUUCGCCUUUAUUGGGACGGAACUCAUUGGUGUGACUGUCGGCGAGGCCGAGAACCCACGCAAGAACAUCCCGAGGGCCAUUCGUAGGACAUUCCUCCGGAUCUUGAUCUUCUACGUUGGCGGUGUCUUCAUCAUAGGCAUGAUCGUGCCGAGUAACAGCACCGACCUUUUCACAGCGAACAAGUCAAAGACGGGAGCAGCAGCUAGUCCCUUCGUCUUAGCUACGACUCUCGCCGGCAUCAAAGUUCUGAACCAUGUUAUCAAUGCCGCAAUCUUGAUCUUCGUCUUGUCGGCGGCGAACUCUGACUUGUACAUCGGUUCAAGAACACUCUACGGACUCGCGAUCCAAGGAAAGGCACCGAGCAUAUUCAGACGGGUGAACAGGUUGGGUGUGCCAUGGACUGCACUCAUGUUGUGUAUCUUGUUCUGCGGACUGGUAUUCUUGAACGUUAGUUCGUCAAGCGCCAAAGUCUUCACUUGGUUUGUCAACCUUGUUUCGACGUUCGGAGCUAUCACCUGGAUGUGUAUCUGCUAUUCACACAUUCGCUUCAUGAAGGCAUUGAAGGCACAGGGAAUCUCCCGAGACAGCCUUCCCUACAAAGCCCCUUUCCAGCCCUACGGAUCCUGGUUCGCCCUGAUCGCAACGGCCAUCAUCACCUUGUUCAAAGGGUUCGACACAUUCCUCCCGUUCACGAAAGACACGUUUGUCACUUCAUAUAUCGGUAUACCCGUUUUCAUACUGCUCUGGGCGGGGUACAAGGUUUGGUACAAGACGGACCUUAUCAAACCUGAAGAUGUGGACUUGGUGACUGGGAAACGAGAGAUUGACGAGGAGGAAAAGGCGUUCAAUUUGGCACAAGAAUCAAGGGGGCCGAGAACGAUAUGGCAGAAGCUAUGGGAUUCGCUCUGA